GGUUACUCAACCAUAUAUCUUUGCUCCUAGACAUUGUGCACCAGAUUUUGGCGCUUGCUUGACUUGGUGCGGUGUGUAUAUAGAAGGAUUCAAUAUGACCCAAAGGAUUACUUCAUGUACUGUUCCCGAAGUACCUGAACGUAUAUGCACUUCUUCAAUGGACGCUCUACAAAUCUCACCGUUUACUGACACACUUUCCAACAAAAUCGCCGAUAUAUGCAGAAUAGAACACACUCAGUUCGGUGAAGUUUAUAUUUGUAGUGUGUGCAAUGUGAAAUGCACUGGCAAGGCGCCAUUCUCCCAGCAUAUAUCUGGAUCACACCAUAGAAAAAACUGCAAUGCCAAUACCUAUUUCUGUAACGAGUGCAAUACAAGCCUUAAUUCUUCUGAACAAUAUGCCCUACAUUGUAGUGGAUCAAAGCAUAUGCGAAAUACAAUUUCUUCUGACAAUUCUAUACCUGAACAGUUGGGAGUUGAGCAACAGUUCAAUAAAAGCAAUAACGUUCCUUACUUUUGCAUACCUUGUGGUCUUAGUUGCUCUUCUAAAGAGCAACUGGAUUCUCAUUUUUUAGGUAAAAAACAUAAGAAGCAAUGUAAAAAAUAUAAGCCAUUUGUAUCAGAUCAGCUAUCGGGGUACGUUUCGAAUGAACAGUCAGAUCAACCUAUUGGUCAACCUGACUUUUUCUCUCCAAUACCUACUUUAUUCAAUACAGCUAGUGAUAAUUCGACAAACUUUUGGUUUCCAAAGAUGGUUCCUUGUAUAAAAAAUAUCAUAGAGCUGGAGUCCAAAUUGACAUUAACAAAUAACUUUCCUCCGUUUUUGGCUUCAGUCACUCCUUGUUCAUAUCAAGAACGAACAGAUUUGAAGAGUGAUCUUUCACUCAAUCAGAAGGAUAACCGCGAUUCUUCUGAGCCCAGACAGUUUUGUAGACAUGGCGAAUGUAUUCUGAUAAGAUCAUUACAGUUUUAUGAAGAUGAUUUAAAUACAAGAAUCGGUAAUCCUGGAUGACUGGGCAUUAAAUAUUUGUGGGGAUUCUCAAUUUUCUCAUAAUAACUAUAUAUUAUUUUUUUGUACAGAGUUAUUAUAGCGCAUUUUACUUAUUUUCUUAUACACUACUGAUAAACAUUUGUGAUGAUAUAUGUUGGGCCUAGAUCAUUCAUUAUUGUAGUAAUUUUUUAUAUGUAACCUACAUACCAACUCACUUUGUAUAUUUGGUGAGUCAGUCAUUAAACUAAUUUGUACUAAUUGACCAUCUUAUUUGAGUCGAAUUUGUCCUACAAACUUGAUGAAACUCCUACUUAGUUAUUUUAACCGGCGGAUAGUUUCCUGGUGAAUAACACAUGUUGGUAUUAAAUACGGCACUUUUUCGUCGACUCAUUCCUUUAUUUUCACUCAAUUGGGAUCUAAUAAAAAUGUACUGGAGUUCUAAAUUUUUGAAAUAAAAGCAAUAGAGUUUCAAUUUUUGUCUCCAAAAUAUUAGAUAUUCGGGUGAGAUUAUAUUUUUUUGUCAAAACGAUAAGUUGCCUACGCGAUAUUUUAAUCUGUUCCCCUAACUAGCUAUUAGAACCCUUGUUAAAAGACACCAGUAU